UUAUGUAGCUUUCGACUGGUGGAGAAACCGUUCACACAUUUUAAACACCGAUUCCCAACAAAUUCAAAUGUUUUACCAACAUUUCGUAUUAGAAUAGUAGCACAAAAUAUAAGAAGCGGUCGAAGAAUUUUGCGCGACCCCAAGUGUAUUGAGAAACCCCUUCUGAUUUCAACGACCACCAGAGUUCUCUAUUUUCUAUGUAAAGCGACGAGCCAAAGAACUUUAAAAAAAAAAGAAGAAGCUGAGCAAGUACCAUCAUCGAAAAGCCUAAUCAAAGGAGCAACGGAGGCGGACCAGAUGUGCUAACCAAUAAACGUGGCCAACAAACCAGUCCCAGAGGUGUCAAAAAGAAGUCAUCAGCCAGAAGUCAGAUUGAGAUCCGAAAAGUUAACAGGACAUGUUGUCCAACACUUAUAAGAUGCGUCCGCAGAUGCAUUUGCCCGUGUUUCAUGAGGAGAUCGCGAUGCAGUGCGCCAGAAAUAUUGUGCGCGUGGCCUCGGCUAUGCCGCAACCCCAGCCGCGUUGUCCAAAUGGAGACAUUGCCGUGCUUGUCGAGCUGCGCCGUGCCGAUGAGCCGACCAUAUACCGGUACCAGGUAAAUGUACCGUCCAAUGGUUGGCCAGUCAAUAAUUCGCAAGAGGCGGUUGAAAGCAGUCAGCAGAUGGUGCUGCCCGGAACCCUGGAGGCGCUGGGCUUUAAGCUACCUCAGCCAAAGCGACCCCCGUGUCCCAUGCACGGACGCACAAUUUCGGAGAUUGCCAAUGCCACCGAAAACUGGUCACCGAGCUCCCACUCCGGACCGGCUCCCUUGCUAAUGACCCAGACUUCGAUGCACACGGUAAAUGGUCUAAGUAACCAGAUUGGUAUUACCUCUUUCUGCGAGCCCGUUUUGGCUACUGAAGUGCCGGAUUCCUUAAGGGCACACUUUAUGGCCAGUCUCUACCAACAGCAUCCCAGUCCACUGGCCUACUCGGACAUCUGGGUGCAAGAAGAACCCCCAAGACGUCCUAGCAGGGAGCGAUCUUCUUUUCGCCCACAGCUUUGUCUUGGCGAGAACAACGAAUAUAUGUCCAACAAAGAGAAGAGACCAAUCAAUGGGUUAAAGGUGACUCCAAAACCUUCAGCACAUGAUUCUCGCCGAGUGGCCGAAUUGUGCCUGGACAGCAAUGGCGACUAUGUGCCCAAUGAGCUGCUGCAGCGUCAGCGUUUGAAUACAACCCAGAAUGGCAUGAGAAGAGAACAGCAAUACAAUGUGGAGCAACAAGGCCAAUCGCUUGUUAACAGGCUAAACGGUUAUCAGACCGAUGUCUCUGGUUAUGCUUACAACAGGAAGGAGAUUAGUAAACCAAAGAAUGGCUACAACGAUCAGCCGGUGGCCUAUUCAGAUCAAAGAAAUAUCCUGCGGCAAGUGCAGGGACAUGGACCCAAUCAAACCCAUGGGCGUGUGGCGAUGAUAGAGCCACGUGUACGCCAGGAAGCACCCAUAGAAUCUCAGUCCAAGCCGAACUUGCCCAGUUUACCAGAUGUGCCGAUGGCCUCAACAUAUCCCAAGGAGCUGCAGGCUCUCUUCCGCUGGAACUACUGCGCCCUGUGUCAUACUGUCAUGCGGACAGAGCGGAAUGCGGUGGACCACUACUCGUCGCGAGCCCAUGAACGUAGGAUCAGCACCUGGCUGGUGCGCCAGAACGCCAAUGGAUAUAAUGUCCAGAAAGCGAAUGCCACAAGCGAUUUGGCAGGAGCGUUGCAAUGCUUGCGAAGCGUCGGCCCGUUGGACUUCUACUGCGACCUCUGCGACCUCAAGCUGACCUCGUUGAUGCAUGCCCAGCAGCAUUUCUUUGGGCGCCGCCACAGUAUGGUGGCCCGCCAGAUGAUGAAGCCCAAUGGAGAGGGCUACUAUGAUCGAGAUGGCAAGUGGGUGCGUACGAAUGCCAAGUUUAUGAUGUGCGAUUUGUGCGAGGUGAGCAUCACCUCGGAGACCCAGAUGGCCAUGCACAUGGCUGGAGCUCGUCACCGAAGGCGUUUUCAUACCGUUUACUCAUCUGGAUCCAUCGAAGGCAUGACACUGAGCGCGGAUAUGGGCAUGGGUCGUGCGUCCAUCGAUGGCAGGCACAUGUAUCGGGUGGAUGCGAAUGGAUCCCUGGCCCCUUUAAAGCCUUUGGGCCUGCAAUUCUUUCAGGCCCCCCAGCCGUGUCCCAUACCAGAACCUACGGCCGCCUUCUACUGCGAGGCAUGCAACAUCACGAUGAAUCACCUGAAGUCAUUGAAGGAGCACGAGCAGGGACGCUUGCACCGCCGCAAUGUAAAGAAGAGCCAGUCCUACUUCUAUGAGUGACCUUUUGGCCUUUGCGGCCCAGACGGAUUGGAAGGAUGGAGGGCAGAUAUCUGGAAUGAGAAAGCAGAAUAAAACCGACAAAGGUAUUAAUUAUUAUAUUAAAUAUAUAAAAUCUGAAGGCCGGACUUCUCCCGAGUACUCCCACUCACCGGCGAAUCUUCUUGCUGUGCUGCGUGUUGCAAUUUAUUUUUGAUCUAACUUCUUUUUAUAUGUUUUAUAGUAUUAUAAUAAAAAUACCCA